GGACGGAGCAUCAUGGCGAUUGACGGAGGGGGGAGGAACUGUGGUGUUCACGAGCUCAUCUGUGCAAGAAAAGUCUCUCCUGAGCUUCUGGGUGUCCUGUCUUCCAUUGCAGCCUUCAUGGCGUUGAUGGCUCUGUUUUUUCUUUACCUCAGCAACAAGCUGUCAGUGGCGAGUCCUGAUGACCUGUCACAUCUCAACGGGUUAAAGAGCAGCCAGCCAGAGGGAGUUUUAUCAGACAGUGAGGAGGAGAAAGGGCCCGAGGACAUGGCUCCACAGAACACGACUUCAGCAUGGAGCAACAAAAGCAAACAGUCCACAGAGCAGGGAGGCUACAGCAGUGAGGCCUCCAGCGGGCGAGCAGCCAACAGCAUCCAGAGAAUAAAGAAGAACUCGUCCCUUGGCGAGCCCCGGCCUCCUCCCUACCAGGACGAGGGCUCGACGGGGCGCGUGUCCUCUCGAUCACGGUCAGAGCGAGGGGUCCGGAGGGGGUCGUCUGCGCAGCGCUGCGACAGCCCCCGCUGCUCCAGUGAGGCCAGCGCUGACCAGGACACUGAGAGCUACCUCAACAAAAACUGUGAGGAGGACAUCCCCAGUGACAGCACGGCUGUCCUGGGACCAGAGGACGGUCACCUCCCUACAGCCUACGAGCCGGAGCCAUUUGCCAAAUACGGCACACUGGACGUUGCCUUCGAGUAUGAUUCAGGGGAGCAGUGGUUGGCCGUCACGGUCACCGCAGCGACAGACAUCCCCGCUCUGAAACAGACGGGUAACAUCGCGUGGCAGGUCCACCUCGUCCUGCUGCCCACCAAGAAGCAGCGGGCCAAGACGGGGGUGCAGAAGGGGCCCUGUCCCAUCUUCACGGAGACAUUUAAGUUUUCCAGGGUGGAGCAGGACGCCCUCGGGGACUACGCCGUGCGCUUCCGCCUGUACAGCAUCAGAAGGAUGAAAAAGGAGAAGGUCCUAGGGGAGAAGGUUUUCUACCUGACUAAGCUGAACCUGCAGGGGAAGAUCGCUCUGCCUGUCACCCUGGAGCAGGGCUCUGAACUCACGGGUUGUGGCUCUGUGGUGAGCGUGUCUCGCAGUGCGGGAGCUCUGUCCUAUCGCUCCACUGAAGACUCCUCACUGCCGGAGCUCCUCCUGGGUCUGCUCUACAACUCUGCCACGGGACAGUUAUCCGCUGAGGUGGUCCAGGGAAGCCACUUCAAAACCCCGGCGUCUGAAAAACCCGUCAACGGUCUGUUCUGUUGUGUUAAACACUUUGUUGGGGGGCAGCUUUAUAUCAUGAGAGACACCUACGUGAAGCUGACCAUGCUGGACUCCAAGGGAAAGGAGAUGUCCAAGUGUAAGACAGCCGUGUGCCGCGGGCAGCCCAACCCCACCUACAAGGAGACCUUGUUCCAGGUGGCCCUCUUCCAGCUGUCCGAGGUGUCUCUGGUGCUGUCGGUGUUCUGCCGGCGGAGCAGCAUGAGGCCCAGGGAGAAGCUGGGCUGCGUCUCCCUGGGCCUCAACAGCACCAGCGAGGACCAGCAGGCCCACUGGACAGAGAUGAAGGAGGCGGAGGGGCAGCAGGUCUGCCACUGGCACACACUGACCGACACAUAGAGGGGGGAGGAUCUAAGAACACUGAGAUUUUACAACAUUCCCAGAGUUUGGGGGGGUUAGCAGGAAGCACCAGGAGUGAUGUGUGUGUGUGUGCGCUGCGUACAGGUGUGCAGGCAGCACGGGUUUCACUGCCAGAGACUGCAUGAAUACCCUUUAAUCUGCCACAGACUUUUAUUGGCAGUGGUGGAAGCUUCAGCGCCUGCCUUUUAUUGACAGAAAAAAAUGCAGAGGCAGGCAGACUGAGAAUGAAUGACAUUAUGAUUACUGACCUUGAAGUAAGAGUGUAUUUUCAGUAAUUCUGCCUACAGCAAGAUCUGCAUGUAACUGUUUACAGGACACAUUUUUCUGUCUCUGAAUCUUGGACCAAAGAGCUCGGUCCACGACUAGAAGACUCCUCCCUCUCUCUGCUUCUUCUCCUCUGGAUUUAAGCUGCCACCAGCAUACCAGACAUUUCUCUAUCAGUCAUAGCCAUUGACAAAAGAGAAGGCAAUGAAAAGACUGUUACAAAAGGGCCUACAACAUGCUGCAACUAUGCUUACAAGCUAUGCUUUGUACAGAUUGUUUACAUGCACAUGACAUUAUGCAAGAUCCAUUUAUCGUUUCCCCCCCUUUUAUGUUUUUGGAUUAUCAGUCAAAUGGUUUACCAGAUUUAAGUGUGUCUCUCUGGGGUUUGUGCGACACAAAGACAGUUUAUUAUUUCAUUUAUUUUAGUGUUGGAUAACUCGCUACACUAUGCAGCCGAAAACACUUUAAGCUGGAGGAGUGAAAUUCUGUCUUCCGCUCGCUGAGUCUCUUACAGAAUUGGACACAGCAUUGCAUGCCAGUGUAUCAAAGAGGGGCUUCCUUUCCUGUGUAGUACAGAUUGAGCCGGUUUCACCAUUCAGCCUUCUGACAACUCAGCCAUGUUCAUUCAUGUAGAAACAUGGUGCUUCCCGCUGAGGAGGAAUAUGCAAAAGCCUGCGCAGUCCAAUAAACCUGGCUGCCUCUCUGCCGCUGACAGCAAUGAAGCGAGCCGGAGUGGCAGAAUGAAAUUACAUUAAAAGGGAACAUUUUCUGAUUACAAGUGAAUAGGAAAUGGAUAAUUAAAUAAAGCCUGAACAAAUUAAAGCAUUGUACAGAAGUGUGAGGAAUCUGGUUUUACAUGCAUCUGGAACAAAGCCAAAUUCAUUAGAGAAAAAGCUAUGAGUCAGAAAAUCCCCCCAAAAACAUCACUGAAGACUCCACAGCCACACCCUGUGUUUCAGGCAGAAGCUGAAACCCUCCCUCUUCUCUCCUCUGACUGAAGCUGAGGGGUGUGGGAUGCAUUUUUCUCAUCUCAAUGAUGUCAGAUUUCUGGGUUCGGGGGUCCUGCAGCUACACUUCGCCCCAUCAGUUCUCCUGCAGAGCCACAUUUUCUUAAAGUCAAAUUCAAUUCAUUAGAAGAUACAAACCAGAUGUGUAGCAUUCCUGAGAGAUAAACAACUGGCUUUUGAUGGCAGAGAUGGGAACAACAGCCACUCCAGUGUUUUCAUUGUAUAGGCCUUUUGUUCUAAGCACUAUUUGUGCUUUACCAGCAUUUACAACCAUUUAGUUCCACUUUUUGGGAAAAGAUUGACCAGUAUGUUAAUAUAAAGCUUGUAGUUUGCUUACAGACAGCAGCGCAGUGAUUUAGCAUUAAGACAGUAACCAGCAGUAAACUCUGGAAACCCAUUUUCCCCCCAAAAUACAUAAAUAGAUCCUUAAAAUGAGAAUGACUUACUUAGGAAAAAUUAGUAGCUAAUCUAGGCGGAUUCAUUUUUACGACCCCGACCAGACAGUGGUAUCUUUUAUCAAAGAAAGGACUCAUCAAAUACUCAACGUGCGGGAGUGUGUUUUUGUAAAAGUUAGGAAAAGAAUGAGGCUAUACGUCAGAUAAUGUUUUAACACUGUUUUAUUUCCAUUAAUCUGGCCUUCAAUGGUAUGUCAGACGCCGUCAUCAGUCUGGCACAGCACAGGCUGCAGGUGGCUGGAGCCGGGCCCUCAUCUUGGAUCAGACAUAGUUUCACAAAACGCCCAGCAGAGUGACCACGGCCGUCAGGGGGGAAAGUAUCCUGCUUUGGGCCAUGGAAAACCAGCUGUGCCAAAUAGCCUAGAGGAGGGGUUUAACUUCCAAAGAAUACCAGCUGACCCUAUUUAUGCCCCAGGACAGGUUUAGUCAGCCAGGUAAUUAUGAGGCCUCCAGGAGCUGCAAUAAAAGUGUUCAGGUGUGUCUAGGUGAGCAGACAAGCUGGUUUUUCAAGGCUGGUGCAGCAAGAGUACACAUUUCCAUUCUGGAUUUGUGUAAUUUGUAUCUGGCUCUUUAUCCUGUUCACCUUACAGGCCCAAUCUAAUAGUUUGGAAGCAGCAGCCACCUGGCACAGGUAGGGAUUUGGCUUCAAAGACACUUUAUGACUGUGCCAGAAGCUUCUUUUCAUUUUAUGACAUUCUGUUUCAAGUUGACCUUCCCAAGAACGAGGACAUCUUGACGACCGUAAAACAUUUUCCUGCCCGAGUGCUGCUCUCAGGUCAGUUAGGUUCCCCCUCAAGCAUUCAGUGGCACAAGCUAGUUUUCCUUGGCAAUGUAAUAAAGAUAUACGGCUAAGUCCUGUUGGGACUUCUUAAGGGUAAGGAAUAAUGAACUACAAUGUUUUUGUUAUUUUAUUGAAUGUGUCAUCAGUUUAAAAAAUCUUUUUUUAAUAAUAUAUUCAAUAAAUAUACAGGAACCAUG